UAAAGAUUUAGUUUGAAAAAAUUGUAUUUAUAAUUAAUAAUAAGUACCACUAAUCUCAAUAUGUUUAAAUGUUUUUUGUGUGAAUCUCAAUUUGAGGUAUCUAGCCAUCUUUUAAUACAUUUAAAUAUUUAUCAUGAUCUUAAUAGCAUAACAAUAUUUGAAUGUAAACAACUAAAUUGUUUCCGAAGUUUUGGAUCAAUUGAUUCUUUUAAAAAGCAUAUUAAUAGUCAUACUUUAGUUACAAAUAAUAUUGCAAUUAAUCAACAAAUUAAUGUUGACAAACAUUCACCAACCAUAAUCAAUAAUAUAGAUAUCAACUCUGAGGAAACAGUAGAUAAUAUUCAGGAUAAUUUAGAAUGUACAUAUUUCUUUACUCUUGAAAAUUUUAAAAACAUUUUACAAAAAAAUGCAAUUAAAUUGGUCUCAAAAUGGUAUAGCAAUAGUGCAAUACCACGGAAAAUGGUUCAAAUCCUUCUUGAUGAUGUUCAAAACUUUAAUGACUCGAUUUUAAUAAAUAUAAAAGACAAAAUCCAAAAUAUGAUUCAAAAUAAUAAUUAUGUUGAUACAGUUAAAGAUCUAACUCUAGUCUUAAAUUCUCUUGAAACUCUUUCCCACUCUUUUGAUAGUUUAAAAACAGAACAUUUCCGAUUACAAACUUUGGAAGAAAUGGGUUUACUAAUUCGGCCUAACCAAAUUGUUAUAGCACAUAGGUUAGAUGAUCGACUUCAUGAUGGUAUUGUUGUUUUAGAACCAAAACCUGUCAAAAUAAUUCUGACUCCUUUAAGAUAUAUAUUGAAAAAAAUAUUUGAACAUUCUAACUUUUUCGAUGUGCUAUUGACUUACACUAAGGAACUUGAAUUUUAUAAUGGUAAAUUAAUAUUCAGUUUUGUUCAGUCGGAGAUGUGGAAAGCAAAAUUAAGACUUCACCAAAAUAAAAUUAUUUUUCCUCUGUUCUUGUACUUUGAUGAUUUGGGUAUUAAUAAUCCACUUGGAUCUCAUGCAGGAAAUCAAAAACUUGGUGCUGUUUACAUUUCCUUGGCUUGCUUACCACCUGAACUAGCAUCUUCCUUAAAUCAUAUAUUGCUUGCUUCUUUAUUUAAAACAGAUGACAAAAAACAGUAUGGAAAUAAUAAAAUAUUUAAAAAUUUAAUUUCAGAACUUAAUUAUCUAGAGACAACUGGGAUUGAAAUAACAAUAAAUAAUAAAAUAUAUAAAAUAUUUUUUUCAGUUGGUUUAAUUUUGGGUGACAAUCUUGGCUUACAUUCUAUAUUGGGAUUUGUAGAAAGUUUUGUUGCUAAAUAUCCCUGUCGAUUCUGCAAAAGCUCUAGAUCUGAAUGUCAAAAUCAAUUAGUGCAAAAUAAUAAUAGUUUAAGAGAUUCGUUAAAUUAUAACUGUGAUAUUAUCACUAAUAAUGUAUCUCAAACAGGCAUAAAAGAAAAAUGUGUUUGGAAUGAUUUGAAUUAUUUCAGAGCAACAGACAACUAUAGUGUAGAUAUUAUGCACGACAUGCUUGAGGGUGUUUGUAAAUAUGAUAUUGGGUUGAUAUUAAAAUAUAUGAUUUUUGAAUUUAAAUAUUUUACUAUAGAUACAUUAAACAAUAGGAUUGAAACAUUUAAUUAUGGUCCUAUUGAUAUCCGUAACAGGCCUACAUUACUAUCAACAGAAAAUUUAAAACUAGGAGUUAUAAAAAUGUCAGCUGCAGAAUCAUUAUGCUUCACUAGAUAUCUUGGCUUAAUUAUAGGUGAUCUGAUUCCUGAAAAAUCUGAGGUUUGGUCUUUAUAUAUUGUUCUUAAACAAAUAAUUGAUAUUAUAUUUCAUAAAUGGAUCAGACUGCAGGAUACGGUUUUACUUAAAUGUUUAAUUUCUGAACACCAUGAACUUUACUUAAAACUAUUUCGUAUAGGACUAAAACCUAAGCAUCACCACAUGGUACAUUACCCACUUAUAAUGCAAAAAUCAGGACCGUUAAAUAUAUUUUCUUCAAUAAGGUACGAAGCCAAACAUAAAGAGUUGAAAGAUGCUGCUAAUGCUAUUACUUCUCGCAAAAAUAUUGCAUAUACCCUGGCUUUGAAACAGCAGUUGCAAUUGGCAUACAGAUUAUUAUCUUCUGAUAAUAAUUUGUAUACAAUUCCUAUACAAUUUGGACGUGUUUUAACAUUAGAUUCUUUCACAUUAGAUUUAUACAAUAAUAGAAUCAAAUUUUUAAAUAAAAAAUUUAACUUAUGUGUUGAUAAUAUUACAUUUGUGUCCUGGGUGAAUAUCAAAGGUUCAAUUUAUAAUUGUAAAAAUAUGUGUGUCGUUGUUUCUGAAGAUGAGGGUGACACUAUGAUGCCAUCUUUUGGUUUAAUUAAAGACAUUUUUAUAACUGAUGAAAAACAUUCAUUUGCCAUUUGUGAAAUGUAUGAAACUAUAUAUUUUGAUGACCACUUUCAAGCUUUUAAUGUUGUUAAGACAAAUAAUUUAAUAUGUAUUUCUUUGGAGAAAUUGGGUAGUAUAUUUCCUACUCAUGCCGUUCAUAUAUCUGGACUAACAUUCAUACCAACAAAAUAAAAUAUGUAUGUUGUAUUUUUGUAUCAUUUCUCUACCUAUUUGUAAGAAUUAUUUUAAAUGUACCAAUGUAUACAAAA